AUGGCUCCCAAACAUGCGCUCCUCUCCAGCAGCUGUAGCGGUGGCCCCGGGGUUGGAGGGGUAAAUAAUACAGGAGACCCCCGCUUUUCCUCUCCGACGGCAUGGUUCCUGAAUGCGGGGAUGGUGGCCGUCUGUUCGCCGAGGAACGGGAAGAGGAUGCGGGCGCUGGAUGGGACGCUGGCCCGGCGGGUUGUGGCCGUCGGCGCGGUGCUGAUGCUGAUGAUACAGAGCUCCUUGGCCGCUGAAGCUGAGGGAAGUCACCAUGAGUCAAUGAGACGGGCUGCCUUGCCUCUGGACCCUGCUGUGCCCUCCAACCUCUCAGCCACCCCUGGGAUUGCAGACAGGGCUUGGGCUAAAGACAAAGAUGCGAUGGAUGGGGCUGACGGCAAUACUGGAGCUGGACCUGGAGCUUGGCCAGAGGGCAAAGUGUUUGCCGGGGCCAGAGCAGUGGUUUGGACUGAAACAGAAGCAGGACUUCGUGCCGGGGCAGGUGGCAAAGUCUUUGCCGAGACUGGGAUUAUGACGGGAACCGGCACCUGGGCUGAAGUCGGGGCUGAAUGGAGACCGGGGCAAACGGAGGGAGUCGACCUGCCAAGCAUGCCCAGGGACCCGGCUGCCUGGCUGGACCAGCGGAGGCUGCAGAUGGGUGGAGUGGGCCAAAGAGAGCAGAAAGCCUUCUCAUCAGACCCCACAACGUUGGCAGAGACAGUGGAGCUGCAGGCACCAGCGUUCGGAAAACCUUUAGGACUGCUGUCUAAAGCUGCUUGGACCAGAAGCUCCUCUUCAUCGUCAUCCAAGGCCUCCUCCUCUUCUGCCUCCUCCUCUGCAACAAAAGCUGCCUCUUUGCCUUCCUCCUCAUCUUCCUUCUCCUCUUCCUCCUCCUCUCCAGCCAGCAACAGAGAGAAUCAGACAGCAGCAUUAGAAAACGUCUCUCAGGUUGUUGUCAGCAGCAACUCUUCCAACAGCAGCAGCAGCAGCUCCAGUUUGGAGGAGUCAGUGAGCAGCUUGCCAGCCUGGGAUCUCCCCACUGUCCCGGAGUCACUCCUGUCCACAGUAGGCGACCACGAUGUCACACUCCCUGCCAACGUCACCAGCCCUUUCUCAACCCACCAAUGGAACACCACCGUGCCUGCGCGCACCAGAAACACUUCACGGCACACAACCACAUCAACCACCACCAUAAACACAUCUCUGUCACCCACCACCACCACCACCACAACUUUACCAUUAUCCACCACGGCACGAGCACAAACAUCAUCAGGAUCCACCACCGUUUCUCACACCACAAGCCAGGACACUGUGACCAAUGACAGCCUUCAGCUGACGACAGUAACCACGACGACACCCUCAACAACCACUCUUACUGUGACAGCUGCUGAGGUGAUGACAAAGGCGGUGACCACUGGGAGCGGUGUAACAGUAACACCAAAUACCACCACAACUACAACCAUGCAGCAAACAACGAGCCUCAAUCUGACCACAGCGGCUACAACCCAGCCAACAACCACCACUACGACCACACCUGCCACGACUACCACCACUCCUACUCUCCCCCCAACCACCACCACCACCACCACUGCCCAUCCAACCACUACUACAACAACUACACCUGCACCUACGACUACUACUGCCACCACCACCACCACUACUACCACUACAACCACAACUACAAAGGCUCCUGCCACCACUGUGUUCAUCCCAGCCCAAACCAUGCCGCCUCCCACCAUGACCACAGACCCUCCAUCCAGUACCAGCGCCGAGGAAGGUCCUCUACCAUGCAACGUGACCGAGAAGUACUGGGUCAGAACAGUUCUGUCCAUUGAGCUGCGUAGGAACUGCUUGGACCUGAUCCUGAAGCAGAACCUCUCUAAAGGACUGAGCCAUGCCCUGCAGAGAGCUCUGAAUGACUCCACAGCCUACGCACAGGUUGAACGAGAUGACUGCAGCCCUCACAACGUGACGCUGGGUUACUACGUGACCAGCGGCAAAACUGUCUACAUUUCCUCCUUGGUGGUUGAGGCUCUGAAUGUUUACGGUUUUGACAAGCUGCUGUCGGACAUCAGGCAACACACCCCGCUGGUCAAGGCAGUUCUGGUUCCUGUGGCAACCUGGAUGCCCACUCCAAGCAUCCACCUGCAGCUGAAAACAGUGUUGAGGUUCGUCGGCCCGACAGAUAACAUCUACUCUUGCAGUUUCGUCCAGAUGUUGGAGCAGAGGCUGGAAAACGCCUUCGACGAGGCUCAAGACAAAGUGCUGGAGACCUACAGCAGGCUCACUGUGGAGAUCCAGAGUGUGUACCAGGAGCCAGGCUCUCCAUCAGUCUCUCUGGUGUAUGUGGUGAAGAACCAGGAUGUGAUUCUAAACGGGACGAUUUCCAGUGGCCUCCUCAACCAGCUGACUGCAGAGCUUGUGGGCUACUUCCUGUUCUACCCACCCCUGGUCAUAGCUGAGCCCCUUGAAUACCAUAAUCUCAACACAUCGACGGCAACCAAGAACUAUUGGGUGAUAACAGUGAUCCAGGAUGUGGACAGCUCCUCCCUGGAGGCCAACUACCAGAGUUUUGCCAGCUUGAUGGAGCAGCGGCUGGCUGAGCUCUUCCUGGUGGCGGGCAGGCAGGGCUCUCGGAUGGCGCGAUCUCGGCGGGCCACCACCGUGGGGGGCUACACUGUACAGAUGGUGAGCAUGCGCCGACUGCCUGGCCCCAAGAACCCAGCAGAGAUGACAUACUACGUUCAGCUGAACGGAGCACCCAUCACUGGAACCAGCGCUGCCAAGACCCUCAGCAGUCUGGACUCCCAGACCAUGGCUCUGACACUGGGAUACUUUGUACAAGUGCAGGCUGAACCUGUGGUAAAGAUACCGCCUGGCAACCUGUGGAUCAUGGCUGUUCUGACGCCUCUCUUCCUGUUGAUGGUGGUGAUCGGCAUGGUUGCCUUCAUUCUUUGCCAGAGGAACAGGGUCAUCUUCAAAACAGGCGCCUUCAGGACCUUCAAAACCCGCUCCAAGACGUCAUAUCGAAGAGAGGGCAGUUACCACCACCAGCCUGUCCAGGGCUUUGACUACGCGAAGAAGCACAUGGGUCGAACGGGUGAUGAGGCAGUCUCAGUUACCAAGGAGACACUGGUGCUGGGGCUGCCUGUACGAGAUGCUCCACUGUCACUGUCAUUGGACAAGAAAGUCCACCAGGAUGGGAGCACCGGCAAGAGGCCUCCAUCUGCUGACAUACACAAAGGAGGGCGGUUGCCAAGCGAGGAGGACGGCUCGAUGUCGAGUAACGGCUCCGGGAAGCUGAACACUAGCAAGAGCUCCUCGGCCAGAAGGACAGCGACCGGCAGCAGCAGCAAAAACGGCAAGGAGGAGCUGCACAAGAGAAGCACGAACGACCCGUAUGAAGACCAUUCAGGCUCUCUGCGUCUCAUCACCAUCAAACCCAUGACGGCCCAGCCAACCUACUCCUACCCGUCCUCCUCAUCCCACAGCCAAGACUCUGUGGUCCUCAACGGGGAGGCAAACCAUGGGGGGUUGAAGCAGAAGUCAGACAUUGAGCACUACAGGAACAAGCUGCGUCAGAAGGCUCGGAGGAAGGGGUACGGAGAGUUCUCUCUGUCUGAGAGUGGCAGCCAUGGUUACAGUCACCGCGACACCAGGCACAAUCGGCACGACAAUGGCGUCAAGGAGCCGAUGACCGCUGAGGAGAAGAGGGCCUCCUUUGCAGGAUGUCACAAGAGGUACUCCCACCCACGGGAGCCCACCUAUUGGAGCCGGCAGUCUCUGAGCAGCCCGAGCCCAGUGGAGACGGAGAUGGACCUGCUGGUGCUGAGAGAAAGAUCCAGGAGGGGCAUCCGAAACAACGGCUACGAUGUGAGUGACUGGACGGGCGAACCAGAACCAUUUGAGGAGACCAACGUGGACCGUCUGAUGAGCUCUCUCGGCUACGGAGGUGGAUCUACUGGCACCGGGAACGGCAGCUUGGGGGUGAAAGCUCACCGUGGCUCCGACUCCUCCACACUUAGCUCCCAGCCGUCCAUUGACGAGGUCCGCACGCAGAUGCAUAUGUUGCUAGGCAACGCCUUCAGCCUGGCACCUCCGGACCACGACCCUCCUUCUCCUCCAACCAACAGCCACCGCCAUCACCACCACCAUGCCCACAGAGCCUACAACCCAUCCCACACCAGCCACUACAGUGAUGGGGUGACCAGCGCCCCGGGGACCAUGAACCACCCCUGUGGAGGCAGGCAGAGGAGCGCAGGCUAUGAGGACAUGCACCAGUGCAGCCUGCCCAAACCGGGUUUCCGGUUCACCCAGCUUCCUGAUAUGGGCAUUGGCUCUCCACCACCACUGAUCCCCUCAAGACCAGGACCACCACCUGGGACCUCACUACGACGCUCCACCCCCGAUGUUAGUCUGAAGCCUCGUGUGUCGGAGGCCUCAGACCUGCAGGCUCAGCAGCACAAUGGCGCCCCGUACCUGCCGCUGUCCAGGACCCCCUUCCCUGCUGUCACUGUCGACCAGUCCAUCACCACCUACUCAGGAAACCCAAUAACAGCAGUCUACGCUAUAUCAGCCAACCGUCCGGGCUACUCAGACUACUUUGUCAUGUCACCGCCGUCCUCGUACCGUAGCCCGUCCUGGAUGUCCUACCCACCCGAGCCAGAGGACCUGCCGCGGCAGUGGAACGACACACCGAACUCACGUCAUCUGGAAACCAUCUGCUGAAGUUGUCUGCCUGCGACACUGAGUGCGAACAGCCAGUAGCUUGGUGUCUCUUUGGAUGGGCAGAGGAUCUCCCUCUCACUGAAAACUCUCUGGAGCUUUAGCACCCCCUCCUUCACUUCCGCCCGGCCUCCCUCCUCUCUGAUUCGUUCAUUACCAGUGGACCCCCCUCUGCCCACACCUUAUCCCCAGCUCCCUCCCCCCCUCUCCACCGGCCUGGCCUCCACCUGUCCUCCCUCUCAGCCCACUUCAUCUGCAGCUCAAAGCGUUUCUCAUCCUGUAGAACUCCUCUGCCCCAUAAGCCCCUCCACCUGGUCAAAGCUCUGCUUCAGCCUCCUCACCAAUGCAAAUGUUCAGUCAUGAUUCUCUCUCUUUCUGUAUUCUCUCUGCUCCCUGAGCCCCCGGCCUCACUGGCCCUCACCGGCCCCUCUGGGCCCUUCGUCACUAUCUCUGCCUCUUCUGUGGGGACCACCACUGUACAGCCAGAGGCCCCUCACACUGCUGAACUGAACUGAGCUGAGCUGAGCUGAGCUGAGCUGAGCCGAGCUGCGUGAAGCUGUACUGUGCUGCCCUGCCUGAUAACACACGCUCAGUGUGGAUGAACAGGGUGAGUACAGUACAGUAAGACAGGGGUGACCUUCCAACUCGUUCUCUGCCCCAGCAAUCAUCGUACAGUAACUGCCAUCUGCCCAGCACACGAUGGCACACAGCGCUGCGUUACCAUGACAGUAGUGCCCCAGCCAUGGCCAGUGGUCUGCUCCUCCUCUGAGCUGGACUGGACUGAUCUGGACCAUCCUGGACUUGCCCCUAAGGUCCACCAUGAAGCCAGGAAAGCUGGACUGACUUAAAACUGUGCUUUUUUGAUGAAUCCAAAUUCCUAUGUAAACCUUCUACAGCUGGUUAAUAUGUGUAUUUUAAACUUAAGUGAGGAAAAAAAAUCUAAGGAAAAAAAAAAAACUCUUGUCUUGAGCUGUCUCAAUUUCAGUUUUUGGAUAAUUGUGUGCUUUUGUCUUUUCUUUUUGUGCAUUGAUUAAUUAUCAAUGGAUUACUGUACAAAAAAGACAGUGAGUGUUUACCUUUCGCUCACCUUAUUUCAAGGCAAAAAAAAAAAAUUACAUUCUUCAAAACUGAAAUCGGCGGCUUUGUUGUCUGUGGUUAUGAUGGCAUUUCUGUACUUUUAAAAAGAAUUACUUCAUUUACUUUUUUCCUUCAUCAGAUUCAGCAAUGAAAACAAGAAUUAGUCACUAUGUUCUGUCCAUCAUCUGAUUCUGAAGUUUCUGUCUGCUGACCAUUCGGCAGACCUGGGUCAAAUAAAGCCAAUUGAAAUCCUCCUCACAUGCAGCUCUGCUUUGUAGCUUCGCAGCCGCUGCAGGGUUAGUUUGCCUCUUCACAAAAGGUAAAAACAUUGACCAAAUGAUGACUUGGAUUUAAACUGAUUUCAAUGCUGGUUUGACUCGGGUCUGCUGCAGUUAUGUGAACACACCAGUAUUCUUAGAAAAACAGUUCUUUUACUUGAAAGGUGUCUACUGUAUUCUACUGUAUAAGGAAAUUUGACUUUUGGUUCUUUUAGUCUUGAUGGAGAGGGAUGAAUAUUUGGUCAUUGGACUAUGGUGUAGUACUGUUCAAGAGACUUGCCCGGCUCAGAUGAGCCAUAUAUGUAACGAUUAAACGUAUUAUUGUACAUAGCAGAUGAUUUAAUGAAGAGAUUUAUGCAAGUACUGUGGGAGGGAUAGUUUGCUUGACAUUGUUCUGACGCCAUGUUUCUUCCUUUUAGUUCCACUGCGUUUAUGAUGACGGACAGUCAGACUGUUUCGGAAUCUCGUUGACUUUCUGAACGAUGCACACAUUUCAUCAUCACCUAGAUCGUCUCUUUUCAUCGUAUUAAUAACACAGAAGAGAAAAUAUAACAGAUUGCAUUUUACAAAAGAGACAGAUGGAGUUUUUAGAGUGGCACUCGUUGAGCAGAUCUUACCCUGCAUUUACAGUAUUCUUUAUGUCUGAACAAAGCUAAUAUAGCCAUAAUAGUCAAAAUAAUGCAAUUUUUUAGUACAAAGAAUGUCAUAGUCUAAAUUAUAUUUACCCUCAUUUUUUCUGAGGAGAACUAGGAAUCUGUGAGCACACUGUAUGUAAGGCUCCUCAUCAUUUAGAUGGUACUAAAGGAGAUUAUAGCCAUAUAUUAACUUCACCAAGUAGACAUAAAACAGCUAAGAUAUACAGUGUUACGUUCAAAGUGGCAGAUGAUACCAAAUGAGAGUAUAUUAGUUAGGUAUAGAAGAGGCAGGGGAUAGAGGGAUAGUAUAGAUAGAAAUGUAAAAAGAGGACAGGAUGUAUCGUUUAACUUGAAAUGAGCACUUUUAUAAAUAGCCUAAAUGGGAAAGAGCAGAAUCAAUGCAAACAUUUUGUGGUAUAUCAUAAAACAGAUUAUAUAAAUCUACAAAACAUUUUAGAAAUCCGUUCAACCAAGCCUGAAACUGUAAAUGCAUAAUCCAAGUAAAAAAGUGUUGAAUAAUCAUUUUUCACCUAAAUUAUUAUCAACUACUUCUGGACCUUUAGACGAGGCUGUAGCUAGCAUUGACUACACGGGCUGUGCACAAUGAAGUCAGAUUCUAUUUAUAUUUUUUAAGAGUCAAAACCCUUAAAGUUUAUGGCCAAAAACAUAACUAUGCCAGCUUUGAAACAGCAUUAGGUCACUUAGACAGUAAAAUUUACAGAAAAUCUAUUUUGGCAGUUAAAUUUCUACAGGAAAUGUGGACUGUUGUGGUGGCUCGUCAGAAAUUUCUUAUGCGGGUUGGGGUUGCAUUGGGGGACUUUGUACUCUGGACCGAAUUUCUUAAAUUCUCACUUACGGCCCUGCCUCUACAUUUAUGACGUCAACUUUCAAUUCCAAAGGAUAUAUCAAUGUAUGGAAUAUAUCUAUAUGCACUGAAAACAUAAGUACGUACAUUAACAUCCGCAAUCUGUCAAAAACAAGCGCGUAUGUAGAAUGUAGCACAGACAAGAAGUUAUCUUUUUCAGCUCAGAUAUUGUUCAGAAUUCCUCCCCUGUCUAAAUCUAGGCCUGCACAUCAUUAAUAUUAGAUGUGGGUAUUUAGGGAAACGAAAGCAAAGGUAUGAGAUGACAGUACUGGAGCAUUAUGAGUGCACUCGGUGCUAUUGGUGUUUUGGAUCAUUCUCAUCACCAGAGAUCUGCAGCAACCUUCAUAUUUGAAUUCAUACUCAGUGUACAAACCAACACAAGGUUGAAGAGAAGACACUUCCACUCAUGUUAUUUCCAUUUUAUUGUACUCCAUGUUAAAGAGAGGGGUGGGUGGGUUUUGGUUUCUCAGCAGUAACUUUGAGGAGACUUGAUGCUAUGCUGUAAGUUGAUGUGCAAUGUUUGUGCUUUACACGGGUAGCGGCGAGAUGCUUUUAUUGACGACGGACUCUGGGAUGGACUGACUGUGAGUAGUUUUUUUCUGCCGUUUGAGCCAUGUCAUUAUGACGUGACGCCGUGGUGGCACUGAUGAUGUCACGCUGUCGUCACUCGGGUGUUGAUGAGGUCAGUGA